AUGUUAAAAAAUAUUUUAUUGGUGACUUUUCUGUUAGAGGUAAUUACAGCACAAUACCAAUUUCUGCCUUUUUCACCUAAAGCGCCCAUUGAAUUAGCAAUAUCUCCAAUUGUAGAAGCAUUAACAGGACGGGUAUCGUCAAGAAUUCCAAACCCUAGUACACCAUUAGAAGAGAUUAUUCUCUGUAGAAACUUAGCUGCAAAAAUAGAAAGUGCUGCUUUAGCUAAAUUAAAACAAAACGCUUUAAAGAGACCGGUAUUUGGACAAGUGGUAGGACCAUUGUUAGAUGAAAUAGCGAUGAUUUGUCGUUGUCCAGUGUGUCAUAAUACUAACAGUUAUUCAACUACAAAUUCUGUGGCUUUAUCAAAUUCACCACCGUCAGCGUCUAAUACUCCAAAUAUCGUAUUAUUUAACUCUCCGGUGUGUGCAUCUAGUCCUAAUAUUAAUCAAAUACAAUUUUCAUGUGAUUAA